AUGCCGAGAGAAGCAUGGCCAUUGUGUCGUUCCCUGUAUUGCGAGAAGUUCAUGUACACAAUUAGCCUUCAAGCAUUGCAAAAACAAGUGAAUGCUGCAAUCACUAAUACUACAGGUCGUCCAUGUUUGCAAAAGCCGUUUUUAGGGGAGACAACAAAGCGUGUCAAGAUACGUAAUACGUACUUCGUACGUUACAUGUGUCUAAGCUUUAUCUACAUGCUGCAUAUUUCUAGUUUUUCCAAAGCAGAAGUACCUUGUACUGACGCAAAAAGACCAAGGAUGUGA